UCCUGGAGCCUGGAGCCAGCAAGGCUAGCUCAAGCUCAUCCACGAGGCAGAGAAAUGCCAAGUGUGCUAAACAUUUGAAAAUGGGCCCAGUGCCUGCUGCCCAGGAUCAGGGCACUAACAGAUGCCCAGACAGCUCCAACCAGGACCAACCAGAAGAAUCCAGCCCAGGAAGCGGUCCCAGACUGGAGGCAAUGAGAAUGGCCCAUGGAGUGAAGCUUGUGUGUUACGUUGGUUCCGAACGGGUGAUCUACCUCCUGGGGGCCGUGAGCUACGGCCAGGCAGUGGGGCAGCUACCUCCAAAGCUGGAGGUUCUGGAGGACAUGAUGGAGGCCUACUCAGCCUCAUCUGCCCAGAGGCCCAGAAGGAAGAAAAGGCGCACGGCCCGGGGCCGUGUGAGGCGCCAGGUGGGGGUUCGUGUUCAGGAGGCCAGAGCUGAGUGUCUAGGGUGUGACCCAGUGGAGGCUGAAGAGGAGGAGCCUGGUGAACAAGCAGGGGACGAGGACUUAGCUCAGCUUCAGCCCCAACAGGAGAAGCCACCCCUGGAUACUGGGGUGCGGGACACCGUGGUGCGGGACACCGUGGUCCGUGCCAUGCAGGAGGCGCUGUGGAGUCGCCUUCGGGAGCACCCAGACCUGGUGCUGAGUGAGAAGGUCGUGGAGGGCAUCGCUGCUGGCAUCGAGGCAGCCCUCUUCAACCUGACACAAGCCACCAAUGGCCGCUACAAGACCAAGUACCGCAGCCUGCUGUUCAACCUGCGGGACCCCAGGAACCCGGAGCUGUUUCUCAAAGUGGUUCACGGAGACCUCACCCCCCAUGGCCUGGUGCGGAUGAGCUCAGUCCAACUGGCCCCCCAAGAACUGGCCCGCUGGCGGGACCAGGAGGAGAAGAGGGGCCUGGAGAUCAUUGAGCAGCUGCAGAAGGAGCCGUGUAGCCUCCCGGCCUCCAAGCUGACCCACAAGGGGGAAGUUGAGAUCCUGCGGGACAUUGACCAAACGCUGACCCUGGAGGACCUGGUGGGACCCAUGGUAUCCACAGACGGCGGCCCACUGGCCCUGCCCGCCACAUCGAAGGACAGCUCCCUCAAAGCAGCCAGGAGGAUGGGGGAUGAAGCUUUCGAGAAAGCCCCAAGCCAAGUCCCUGUGUCCUUUCCAGAUAUGCCCCCAAACAAGAAGAAGCCUCCAGCAGAGCACAAGGACAGGCUCCAGAUGCCUGCUGGGCCCACAAAAGCCCUGCCCAUGCAGCUGCCCUGGGAGGGGUCUCUGGACAUGUUCUGCAUCAAGCGGUUCCGGGUCAAGGCCCAGCUGAUCUCAGGACACAGCUGUCGCCUCAUCCAGGCCCUGCCGCAGGUGAUCCGCUCUGCAAGCUGCAUCGCCCCUGAUGCUGUCUGGGACUUUCUGGCCAGCAUCUGCCCAGCUGAGACCAAGGAUGUCUGCGUGGUCAGACUGUGCCCACAGAGCUCUCGGGACACCCAGAACUGCCACCUGCUCUACUCCUACCUCAACAACAAGCAGCGCCACGGCCUGGCCGCUGUGGAGCAGGUGAGGGUGGUCCUGCUGCCCCUGCCUGCCUUCCAGCCCCUGCCCUCCAGGCUGCGCCCUCUUGGAGGUCCAGGCCUGGAAGUCACUCACUCAAGCCUGUUGCUGGCUGUGCUGCUCCCCCAAACAGAGCUUCCGGCCACGGAAGGAUCUGGCGCCUUGAGGGGGAAGGUUCGCAAAACGGUCUCCUUCAACAGAAAAGUGGAGAUGAGAUGCUACCAGCCAGAGGACAAGGGACCACAUGUGGCCCUGAAGGGCUCCUCUCCCCCAGGGGCUGCUGUGCAGCAGAGCCAGGGCAAAGACAGCCUGGCUCCAAGGGGAACUUGUGCUUGGCAGAGACCACCCAGAGGCAGGGGGAGUCUGUGGAGAGAGCCUGAGACCUGGCAGGGUUCUGGGCGAGGGCCGUGGCUUGCAAAACCAGGCUGGUGCCAGUCCUGGCAUCCUUAUUCAGCAUCACCAGCUGGCCAUGACCAGCACCGCCACAGGGCUUCCUGUCCCAACCAAGCCCUGCUCCAGCAUCUCGAAUCCCUGGUGGCCAUGACGCAGCAGCUCCAAGCCUCACUGAUGUCCCCAGGGCAGGAGGAACUUUCCCAACCCCCUGCUCAGCCUCCCACAGCCCCUGGGACUCUUGGCCUUCUUUGCCAGCCCCUUGCAGCUCCAGAGCCCCCUGGCCCAGCCCUGGACUCCUCUUUGGGCCCUACAGAUGGAGCUGGCACUAAUAGUCCCCUUCCUGGAGAGACCUGACCCUCAUUACUCAUAGAAGAGGGGUUUUAAUUCCCCCACCAGUGCUGAACUCUUAAGUGUUCCAGGGAGAGCAACGGACAUAGGAG